AUGGUGUUCCGAUCCCCUCUAGAGCUUUAUCCCACCCACUUCUUUCUACCAAACUUCCCCAGCGACCCGCACCACCACCACCGCUCGCUGCUCCUGGCCAGCGGUGGCAGCAGCGCCGGAGCUGGAGGGAACGGCGGCGGCAGCGGCGGCAGCAGCAGUGCCGCCACCGGGUGCAGCGCCGGAUCGGCCGGUGGCGGCGGCGGCGGCGGAGGAGGAGGCGGAGGCGGCGGAGGAGGCGCCUCGCGCGGGGCCCCGGAAGAGCUGUCCAUGUUCCAGCUGCCCACCCUCAACUUCUCGCCGGAGCAAGUGGCCAGCGUCUGCGAGACGCUGGAGGAGACGGGCGACAUCGAGCGGCUGGGCCGGUUCCUGUGGUCGCUGCCGGUGGCCCCCGGGGCCUGCGAGGCCAUUAACAAGCACGAGUCCAUCCUGCGCGCCCGGGCGGUGGUGGCCUUCCACACCGGCAACUUCCGCGACCUCUACCACAUCCUGGAGAACCACAAGUUCACCAAGGAGUCCCACGGCAAGCUCCAGGCCAUGUGGCUAGAAGCCCACUACCAGGAAGCCGAGAAGCUGCGCGGGCGCCCCUUGGGGCCGGUCGACAAGUACCGCGUCCGCAAGAAGUUCCCCCUGCCCCGGACCAUCUGGGAUGGCGAGCAGAAGACGCACUGCUUCAAGGAGCGGACUCGCAGCCUCCUGCGGGAGUGGUACCUCCAGGACCCCUAUCCCAACCCCAGCAAGAAAAGGGAACUGGCCCAGGCCACCGGCCUCACCCCCACGCAAGUGGGCAACUGGUUCAAGAACCGGCGGCAGCGGGAUCGGGCGGCGGCGGCCAAGAACAGGCUCCAGCACCAAGCCAUCGGACAGAGCGGCAUGCGGUCCUUAUCAGAGCCCGGCUGCCCGACUCACAGCUCGGCCGAAUCUCCGUCCACGGCGGCCAGCCCCACCACCAGCGUCUCCAGCUUGACAGAAAGGGCCGAGACGGGCACGUCCAUCCUCUCGGUCACCUCCAGCGACUCAGAAUGUGAUGUAUGA